GAAAACAACGCUGUGAAACAAUAAGAAUGAAAGUUUGUUGAAAACAAAUUUAAAAAACUGUAUUUCAGUGUUGUCUUUCCUCCUCAACUACUCCUUUAUUGUUGCCGUCUACCUUGUGUGCGCUAAGGACAUGGAACUUGAACAAAACAAAUAUAUCUGAGGGGAGACCAAAUAUCCAUUCCAUAAAAUUACUACAAACAAUGAUUUUAGAGAUGUUUCUCUUGCAGAUACUUUCAAAGAGCUAUCGGGGGUUUAUCAUUGUGAUGACCUUUUUGUUUUAUACGUGCUAUCACAUGUCAAGAAAACCAAUCAGUAUUGUCAAGGGGCAACUACACAGGAACUGCUCAGCUCUCCCCAGUCCUCCAAAUAUUUCUGCAAAUGACACAACAUGGUGCAGCUGGGCUCCUUUUGAAAACUCAAAUUAUAAAGAGCUUCUUGGAUCUUUGGACACAGCCUUCUUAGUUUCCUAUGCAAUUGGAAUGUUUUUCAGUGGCAUAUUUGGGGAACGCCUGCCCUUGCGGUACUACCUUUCAGGAGGCAUGAUCAUUUGUGGGAUAUUCACUUCUUUCAUGGGACUUGGCUAUUACUGGAAUAUUCAUGCGCUCUGGUAUUAUAUAUUGUUUCAGAUAUUGAAUGGUUUGGCACAAACAACAGGAUGGCCUUCGGUGGUCACAUGCAUGGGAAACUGGUUUGGAAAAGGGAAGAGGGGCUUUAUCAUGGGUAUCUGGAAUUCCCACACUGCUGUUGGCAACAUACUGGGUUCAUUAAUUGCAGGGGCUUUUGUUUCAACUGCCUGGGGCCUGUCCUUCAUCGUGCCAGGAAUAAUAAUUGCUGCCUUUGGCAUAUUUUGUUUUUUUUUCCUUGUUGAAUAUCCAGAAGAUGUUGGCUGCACACCUCCACAACAGCCAGAAGACACAAAGGAGAACUUGGAAGAUAUGCCAGUGUCAUAUAACAGCACUGAUACCAUUUGUAAGUCCACUGAAAGCAAUGAGGAUGAUUCUGGCAAUGCACACACUGAAACUGAGCACCCACAAGCCAUCAGUUUUUUUGGAGCUCUGCGAAUCCCUGGAGUUGUUGAAUUCUCUCUCUGUUUGCUGUUCGCAAAAUUGGUCAGUUACACGUUCCUUUACUGGCUACCUCUUUACAUUGCAAAUGAUGCUCAGUUUGAUCCCAAAGCAGCUGGGGACCUCUCCACGCUAUUUGAUGUUGGGGGCAUAAUUGGUGGAAUUUUGGCUGGUGGCAUUUCGGAUUACACUGGUAAAAGUGCCAUAACAUGCACAAUAAUGCUUAUUUUGACAGCUCCAAUGUUGUUCAUUUACAAUUAUUUGGGGCAAACAGGAGUAUCAACCACCGUUGCAAUGUUGAUUGUAUGUGGCAUAUUGGUUAAUGGACCAUAUUCCCUUAUCACGACAGCUGUGUCUGCAGAUCUGGGUACACAUGAAUCACUUCAGGGUAAUGCCAAAGCUUUGUCAACAGUCACUGCAAUUAUUGACGGUUCAGGAUCAAUAGGUGCUGCUCUAGGACCUUCACUUGCAGGUGUUCUCUCUUCAAGAGGGUGGAACUAUGUCUUCUACAUGUUAAUAGCAGCUGAUAUUUGUGCAUGUUUGUUGUUGGUACGCUUGGUAUAUAAGGAAAUAAGGACACUAUGUGGAGGCAUGAGAAAAAGCUACACUGAAAUGUGAUUGUCGUUUUACCUGCAAGAGGAGCCUGGAUCAAUUUAGAAUACUUUGCUGGCAGGAUCAGCCCACAUGCUGCUAUUUUAAAGACAGAAGAUGUUUAAAUGAUUUUACACAUAGCAUAAUUGUAUUAGGGCUAUUGUUUGCUAGGCAUUUUGAUAAUCACUACUCAGUAGCAUUAGUCAAUACAUUGGGGAUUACUGCAGGUCAUGUCCCCUCGACAGCAAUCAGAAAUCACAAAACAUCUUUCCUUUGCUAGAAAUUUAUCGUACGAUUAGGGCAACAAUCUCAGGUGGUGGAUAUACUAGAAACCUGCAAACAGCUCUUGAUCUAAGGGCUGCUAUUUUGAGUAGCAGCGUCUAAAAGCCUAGUGUGCCAUAACCCUUAGGUACUUCAGGGGUUAAUCACCAUUUUACAGAUUUUACAUACAGAAUUCUUUGGUUGUACAUAAAUAAAAACAUUUUCUUUGCAAUCAA